AUGUCCUUCUCUAGGCUUCUUUUUGCUUCCUUCAUUGCCUUUUGUCUCGCAAGAUUUGCUUUUGGGGCUACUCUAUUACCCGACGAUGAAGUGGAAGCUCUACGUGACAUAGCAAAGACAAUAGGCAAGACGAAUUGGAACUUUAGUGCUGAUCCUUGUGGUGGUCAAUGGGGUUGGGCUGAUCCAAAUCCAGAGAAAGGAAGUGAAAAUGGCGUAACCUGUAACUGCACCUUCUCAAAUGGCACCAUCUGCCAUGUCAUUAGCGUAGUUCUCAAGUCCCAGAAUCUCGAAGGCAGUCUUCCACCGGAUUUGGGCAGGUUCCCUUACCUCCUAGAAAUUGACCUCACACGUAACUACCUCAAUGGUACCAUCCCUCCAGAAUGGGGUGCCACGCAACUGGUUAACAUCACUGUCGAAUUCAAUCAGCUUUCAGGAGUUUUGCCACCAGAACUUGGAAAUCUGGCUCGCAUUGAAAAAAUGCAGUUAUCUUCUAACAACUUUACAGGACUGUUGCCAGCAACGUUUUCAAAGCUAACCACGUUGAAGGACUUUCGAAUUAGUGAUAACCAAUUCGCAGGUCAGAUACCGAAUCUUAUUCAAAAUUGGACAAAACUAGAAAAACUAGGGAUACAAGGCAGUGGUCUAAGUGGGCCAAUUCCAUCAGGCAUUGCUCUUCUGGGAGAGAUGACUGAUUUGAGAAUCAGUGAUCUGGGCAAUGGACCUGAAUCCCCAUUUCCACAAUUAAGUAGUAUGAAAAACCUGAAGACAUUGAUACUGAGGAGUUGUGAUAUAAUUGGACCAAUACCUGACUAUGUUGGUGAAUUGACCAAAUUGAAAACCUUAGACCUCAGCUUUAACAAACUCAUAGGAGAAAUUCCAAGCAGCUUUAGUGGUAUAAGAGAAACAGAUUACAUUGAUCUUACCUACAACAAUUUCAGAAAUGAAAGCUCAUGUAUACAGCGCAAAAUUGUAUGUUCCUAUUCCAUGGUAUUUGAUAAGUUGUUGCUGGCAACAGAAUUCUAUUCCUUCCACAUAAAUUGUGGAGGAAAUGAAGCAACUAUUGGAGGGAACAAAUACGAAGACGAUACAGAUCCAGCCGGACCUUCAAGAUUCUAUCAUAGUAGAACUAACUGGGCAGUUAGUACCACUGGUUACUUCAUGGACGAUGACCGUCCCUCAGAUACCUACACAUGGAUGAAUUCAUGGACGAAUUCAGCUAAACUCUCUGCAAAUACUUCAGCACUCUACAUGGAUGCACGCCUUGCUCCAAUCUCUCUAACUUAUUAUGGUUUCUGUAUGGGAAAUGGGAGCUACACAGUUUUCCUCCAUUUUGCGGAGAUAAUGUUUACCAAUGACAAGACAUUCAACAGCCUUGGCAGGCGAUUUUUUGAUAUCUAUAUUCAGGGAAAGCUUGUACAAAAGGAUUUCAGCAUCCAGAAUGAAGCAGGUGGUGUUGGUAAGGCAAUUAUCAAGAAUUUUACUGCCUUUGUAACUGGUAAUACAUUGGAGAUACGCUUUUAUUGGGCUGGAAAAGGGACAACCGGGAUGCCUGUUAGAGGAGUCUAUGGACCACUCAUAUCAGCUAUUUCUGUGACGCCUGGUAAGUUGAGAAAGUUUUAUGAACUUAAUCAUCAGAUUCUGUUUGUAAAGUACAAAACCAUGAAUGAAGCUAGUCUGGUCUAA